GUCUCGCCUCCGUCCUUGCCUGCCCAGACCGCGCGGUCACAUCUGGGCGCCGGUGCAGUCAGUGCCCCUGACCCUGGGCGGCAGGUGCUCUCCCCAGCCCCUAGAAGGAGAAGCCUGGCGUUCGUGUUGUCGCGCCAGCUCCGGUGACCACGCUGGCUUUUCCCUAUAACAGUACUGUGGGUGGAUCCGUCCCACAUCGGAAAGGAACCUGGCCAAGGAGAAUGGGGAUUCAGCUCCGAAGACCAGAGGAUUCUGACUCUGGGAGGGCCCCAUUGUUUCUGUAAUGGUGGAAGAGGAUUGACUCCCAGAACACUGCCUGACCUCUGACCCUUCAGCAUGGGGAGGAUUGGCAUCUCUUGUCUUUUUCCUGCUUCCUGGCAUUUUAGCAUCUCUCCUGUGGGAUGUCCUCGAAUUCUGAAUACCAAUUUACGCCAAAUUAUUGUUAUUAGUAUUCUGGCUGCUGCUGUUUCACUUCUAUACUUUUCUGUUGUUAUAAUCCGAAAUAAGUAUGGGCGACUAUCCAGAGACAAGAAGUUUCAAAGGUACUUGGCACGAGUUACAGACAUUGAAGCUACAGACAUCAAUAACCCCAAUGUGAACUAUGGCAUUGUGGUGGACUGUGGUAGCAGCGGGUCUCGAGUGUUUGUCUAUUGCUGGCCCAGGCAUAACGGCAAUCCUCAUGAUCUGUUGGAUAUCAGACAAAUGAGGGAUAAAAACCGAAAGCCAGUGGUUAUGAAAAUAAAACCAGGCAUUUCAGAAUUUGCUACCUCUCCAGAGAAGGUCAGUGAUUACAUUUCUCCACUGUUGAACUUUGCUGCAGAGCAUGUGCCACGGGCAAAACACAAAGAGACCCCUCUCUACAUUCUUUGCACAGCUGGGAUGAGAAUCCUUCCUGAAAGCCAGCAGAAAGCCAUCCUGGAAGACCUUCUGACUGAUAUCCCUGUGCACUUUGAUUUCCUGUUUUCUGACUCUCAUGCUGAAGUAAUUUCAGGGAAACAAGAAGGUGUGUAUGCUUGGAUCGGCAUUAAUUUUGUCCUUGGGCGAUUUGAGCAUAUCGAAGAUGAUGACGAAGCAGUGGUGGAAGUGAACAUUCCUGGUAGUGAAAGCAGUGAAGCCAUUCUCCGCAAAAGAACUGCCGGUAUUCUCGACAUGGGAGGCGUGUCAACUCAGAUAGCAUACGAAGUCCCCAAAACUGUAAGCUUUGCCUCCUCACAGCAGGAAGAAGUGGCUAAGAACUUGCUGGCUGAAUUUAACCUCGGAUGUGAUGUUCAUCAGACUGAGCAUGUGUACCGAGUCUAUGUGGCCACAUUUCUUGGGUUUGGGGGCAAUGCUGCCCGGCAGAGAUAUGAAGACAAAAUAUUCGCCAACACGGUUCAAAAGAACAGGCUCCUGGGAAAGCAAACUGGUCUAGCUCCGGAUACUCCAUACCUGGACCCCUGCCUACCCCUAGACAUUAAAGAUGAAAUCCAGCAAAAUGGACAGACCAUGCACCUGCGGGGAACAGGAGACUUUGACCUGUGUCGACAGACUCUCCAGCCUUUCAUGAACAAAACAAAUGAGACGCAGACUUCCCUCAAUGGGGUCUACCAGCCCCCAAUUCACUUCCAGAACAGCGAAUUCUACGGCUUUUCUGAAUUCUACUACUGCACUGAGGAUGUGCUGCGGAUGGGAGGAGACUACAAUGCUGCCACAUUUACUAAAGCUGCAAAGGAUUAUUGUGCAACAAAGUGGUCACUCUUGCGGGAGCGUUUUGACCGAGGACUAUACGCCUCCCACGCAGACCUCCACAGGCUGAAGUAUCAGUGCUUCAAAUCCGCCUGGAUGUUCGAGGUGUUUCACAGCGGCUUUUCGUUUCCCGUUACCUACAAAAAUUUAAAGACCGCCUUGCAAGUUUAUGACAAGGAGGUUCAGUGGACCCUUGGAGCAAUCCUUUACAGAACCCGCUUUUUACCCUUAAGAGAUAUCCAGCAGGAGACCUUCCGGGCCAGUCACGCGCACUGGCGGGGCUUCUCCUUUGUCUACAAUCACUACCUGUUCUUCGGCUGCUUCCUGGUCGUCCUGCUCGCCAUCCUCCUCUACCUGCUGCGGCUCCGGCGCAUUCACAGGCGGAUGCCUCACAGCGGGUCGGCCGCCGCCGCACUUUGGCUGGAGGAGGGCCUUCCGGCCCAGAAGAUUGGGGGCACCUUGUGACCCGGACGCAAAGGAGAGGGCCUGGGAUGUCUGGUCUCUAAAGGAAAAGCCAUUUUUGCCUCAGGGUUUCUUCUCUUUAUUUUUGUUUGGUUUUAUUUUCCCUUUCCCUUUUUGUUCCUUGAAACAAAAACAUAUUUUGUUGUUUGUGAAUUCUGCUGUCCUGGAAGAAUUGCAUUUAGCCCUGUUUUAUACACAGCUUUAAAUUGAGGGUUAGGGAAAAGGGAAAAUCACUUCAUUUGUGCUGCAUAGGAUGUUUGCUAAAAAUUACAAAGGCUUUUGGUUUUUAAGGUGUGUUUAGCUUUAAACAGAUGCACUUCGAUAUGGAGGGAAGUGGCAAAGGUGUUUUCUAUCAGUGGAGCUAGCACUGAAGGGUGGUACUUUUAAAGAACCAAAAAAAAACCUACUGAAUGAAAUUAAAAUGAUUUUUCCCUCUAUCUUGAAAACUAAAGAGGAUAUUUAGUUUUUAUUUAUUGUUUAGGCCUGUCACUAUAUGUUUUCUUUGCAGAUUUAAAAACUAGAAAUCUUGUGUGUCCAAAAUAGAGAAAACUAGUUACCAAGAGGUCACUAUUUUUCAAAUUGAUAGUGAAGAGACCUGAAAAAUGUGAAAUAAUGACUAGAGUUCUGUGUGUGUGUGAAAAUGCUAAUGAAAGCAAGUGAGGGAUACAGUGUUCCUUUAAAAACACACACUUCAGAAUUUUCUUUUUCAUUUUACUUUAUUUUAUUUGGAAAAAUCCAUCUCCAUGAUCGUAUCGUUUGAUCACAGGUAAUCAGUUUCUUCAUCUUAUCUUUCAGUGUCCUUAGAACACUCUGUUUUUGAAUGAGCUGGAAGAUUUGUAAAGUUUCACUGGGUUCAAAGUUACUAGAACUUGAGCUUAUGCCAGCUGACAGGCACAUCCAUGUUUCUUAAUAAUGCAUCUUUGCUUGUUUAACUGUGCUCCGGUUUCCUCCAUCUUAAGGUUGGUGCCCCGCCCCCAGUUUAGAAUCAUCUCGGCAGUGUAUUGGGAAGGGCCCCUCUGCGGCUCAGCGAGCUCUCUUCACCACUGUCCUCGCGGUCCAGGCCAUGUGGGCGCUGCCACCGUGACCCUCGCUGAGAGAAGGGGCUGAGUUUAACACCAAAAAGAAGCCCACACUGUGAAGGAAGCAAGUGUGACAUUUUAAAUAAAAGGUUUAAAAAGACCAAUGGAUUGGCGGACGUGAGCUCAGUUGUCUCUCACCUGUCCGUUUAGUUUGGAACCGCUGGGAACUCAUACCUUUUUAAAAGUUCUUUCUGCGCGUGAGCAUGUGUGCUGUUUAACUUCAGGAGAGUUAAAUCCGUGUAGUUGGUAACAGAUGUGCAUUUUGAGAACCAUCAGUUGCUUUUUUUAAAACGUUGUUGAUUAGAGAAAGAAUUUAGAUUCUGAAGUGCUUAUGUAACCAAGGCGGGAAGUGGGGCUUUUACCUUGUUUAUUAAUUACUUAAAACCAUGGCAUACUGUAUGUUGAUGAUUUAAAGGAUCACAAAAAUUUUUUGGAUUUUACUUAUUUCUAGAGAGAGGGGAAAAGAGGGAGAGAAACGUCGAUGCAGGAGAGAAACAUCAGCUGGUUGCUUCUUGAAUGCUCCCUAACCGGGAAUUGAAUUGGUUGGCAACCUUUCGAUUUGUGGGAUGACUCCCAACUCACUGAGCUACACUGGACAGGGCUAAAAGAUUACAAAUUCAUCAAAGAGGUGGAAGUUCUCUUAUUCUCCUUAAAGUGAAUAUUCUAACAGUGAAAAAAUUAUUGGUAGAAUAUUUGCCUUUCACAUAUCCGGAGGGUAGGAAGAGCUGUGUGGUGUUACAGGAACUAAUGUGGCAAGUCUUAUUUCAGGGAGGGUGGAGAAAAACGUCCCUGUGAAAGAGCCAGCCUUUGGAGCCCUGGUCUGCAGGUAGUAAAUCCUUGGUCCCUGGUAAACACCGUUCUCAUCAAGACCCAGCCACAGAGGAGCUGUGUCACACAUACCCGGACAUGGCCUGAGGGCGCAUGCUUCUUGAAGUCUUCUAAGGGUUGCUCUGUAGCCUGUGGGUGGCAUUAGCAGUGAAAAGGAAGUAAAUUUCUACUUUAGCUUUUCUUCCACCAGCCAUUUGGCAUAGGAAGACCCUGAACGGUAGAAUGAAGAGUUUCAGAUGCCUUGACUAUGUGAUUUUGCCUUUAAAAUCAAGGUGAGGAUAAGCCUGCACUGGCACAGGUUUAAAUAGGCCUUAAUGAAGACUUCCUACCACAGCUACUUGUGGAAUAAAGGCCGGUUGGGUCCAGCUCUGCAAUGUUUGGGAGACAAACCAGAGAAGUUCUGCUUUAUGCCUGGGCUAGAGAUCCUCUGCAAGGACCCGCCCGCUGUCCAGAGGACAUCCCCAGAUCAGGGUCCCCAGGCCCGAACAGCCUUCGACCUUGCUCGGUUCGUUGGCCGUGUUCCCCUGCCAAGAACUCCCUGUAGCAGGGGGUUGACAGACUUUCCCGCAGGGAAAAUCUGGAAGACCCUUGAGCUGAGAAUGGUGUUUCGCUUCGUAAAGGGUAGUUAGAGACAAAAAGAGGGAGGAAUAUGCUGCAGACACCGUGGAGUAUAGAGCCUGAACUACUUACUGAGUGUCCCUUCACAGGAGACGUUUGCUGACUCCUGUGCACGCAGUGCCAUUUGAGAAAGAACACACAGCAGCAUCCUCGUAAUUCAGGAAGGGAGUUAACCACUCAUGGGCACAAAGAAGAGGGCAGGAGAAGUGAACAAACUUCCAAUUUAAAAUAUUUAUGCACCAGAAUUUCACUUUUCAUUCUAGAGUAUUUUCAAGAUCAUUUUUCUAAUAAACCAGGAAAGCCCCCCGCUCCAAUGUAUAAAAUGCUGUUCAGGAGGGCUCAGUGUUGUGUUGAAACAUCUGCAGUGGUGAGAGCUCACCUUGUUUUUCAUCACCUUAUACCACAGGAGAUAAGAAACCAGGCCAGGGUGGGCUGAUGUGAGAGGUGAGCCAGGGAGGAGCUCCAUUCAGGGGAACUCAUGUCCACUGAGGGCUGUCAGGUGAAUAGUUCGCAAAAAACGGGGGACGUGCUGAAAGCCUUGUGGGAGGAGAACAUCAGUGCCGGGCCUCCGCUCCGCCGCAUGCACCCCCGUUCAGGCCUCUGGAGACGUGCCUGCGCCUACACAGGCCACUUAGGGAAAUCGGGGCAGGAGGACACACAUGCUGUUUUGCACCAGUGGUUUUUGCACAUUUUCCCCAGAGGCUGCUGCGGCUCAGCCCGGCCGCCCUGGGGGCGGAGGAGGUGUGUGCUCACCACCCAUUUCCCCACCAGUGCGGUGCCCUCGGGUUGGCAAGCUCUGGACGAACAGGUACAUGAGUUCUAGACUCAGGCCUACAUAGAGCAGUAUUCCUUAUAAGAAGCAUGUGUAUCACUUGGCAAGGAACAAAAAGGCAACUGUGUUUUCCAAGCUUUAAAAAAAUAUCAGCUUUAGGAUUUUGUGUGGUAAUGUGCAAUGCAGCAAAACUACCUACAGGUAAAUUACUUAGUUAUAUCUGUGUCAGUGGUUUUUUAUGAUACCGAAUUUUCCCUUUCAGUAAUAAAUGAUGUAACCAAGGAGAAUUGUUUGUUUGGUUAAUAAGAUUAUGUUUUACAGUUAGAAAUUACAAAAACUAAGGGAGCCUAAAUGUGCUUUAUUUAAAUGACGUUUUCCAUUCAAGGGAAGAAUAAUUCCCUUGGGAGGUGUGAUGUCCUAUCACUUUCCAUUUGGGGACCCUUGUUACCCUUGCACAUCAGUGGGUGUUGAGAAUCAAAAUGAAAGUCAUCAUUGUGAGCUUGUGUUCUUGUGAUUUAAACAGACUUUCCUCUGAUGUUUGAAUCUUGUUACCUGUUACAGUGCUAUGUCAAUUCUAAAUUCAUUAAAAUAAAUUGUCUGGGUCUGGCCA